AUGGAACCGGAGCCGUCCCCUACCGCUCUCCUCAAGGCUAUCACAGCCCUCACCGCCACAAUCGGGUCCCUCCAGGACCAAGUCCGCGCCCAGAGCCAACAAAUCACUGAGCUCAGGGCCAUAUGCAAGGAGACCGCAGACCUCCUUGGGGAUAAGGACCAAGGAACAACCCAAGCCAAGCCUGGCCCAUCGACUGGGCCUGUCACUCCUCCCACCCACUCCGGGGGAGAAACCCACACUCCAGGAACGGUUAGACCUGGACUUAAGGCCCCCUUUCGCCCAUCAAGGGGCACAGGCUUCGACUCAGAAGAAGAAGAGGAACCCAGGCGAGCUCCCAAAAAAGAGCCUUGCGGAACGCCUAGGAGCCUAAGCUCCCUUACACCCUUUGACGCGGGAUCCAGCACCAAACGGCCCAAAAUGGACCUCCCGGACCCUUACAAGGGCGAUACUAGGGGCCGCAAAGCCACCCAAUGGCUGGAUCGUAUGCUUCUCUGGGUUGCCCUGCAUAGGGAACAAUUUGAUGAGGAGGAGCAAAUGGUCGUGUGGAUACUCUACCACAUGACCGAUAAGGCAGCCGACUGGGCGCUCCCCCUCAUUGGAUCCAUUAUCAAAGGAGAAGGGAAUCCCCCCACUACCAUCCUGGCCUUAACGGCCAAAUUCAAGGAGGCAUUUGCAGACCCCGAUGCCAAGAGGGCGGCCGCCAGAAAGAUUGCCGCGCUAACUCAGUCCACAACUACGGCUGAGUAUGUAACCGAGUUCCGCAACCUCAUGGCGGAGCUCGACUGGAACACUGAGGCAUUCAUUGCCCAGUUCACGCGCGGUCUUCACUGGAAGGUGAAAGAACUCCUGUCCACCAAGGACAAUAUCCCCGACGACGACCUUGAGGCUAUAUUCACCGCCUCGGUCAAAAUAGACAACAUUCGUCGGGAGAACAAGGAGAACCGUCCCAAAAAGGCUCCCACCAAGGCCCUGGUCACCGCGACCACAUCCACCACUACCACUCAGAGGGUCCGUCUAUCAGAGGAUCCUAACUACGUAACGCCGGAAGAAAGGGACCGCCGCCGCGCAUCUGGGCUAUGCGUCAAAUGCGGACAAAAGGGCCACGGCAUCAAGCAGUGCCCCAAUGGUUGGAAGGCAACCCCCAAGGAAACAGCCAAGGUGGCCCAGGACGAGUCGGAAAAAGAGUGA